UCGACAACUUCAAGAAGCUGCUCCGAUCGACACCCGGGUAUGAGACAACACCAGUAAUUGGACCUGACGUGGCCUCUGUAACUGGAUCAAGUACACAGUUCUUUGCUGAUUUCUUCGGAGCAGGAGGAGACAGGGCCGUUGACAGAAUUACUUUUCACCAUUACUACACCAACGGCGAUACCGCACAACUCCCCAAUUUCACAGAUUCCAAGUUGAUGGACACACUAGUCAGUGCCAUACAGACAGCGCUGGAUGUGUCAAGACGCACCAACCCACUGACUCCAGUCUGGCUGGGAGAGACGUCCUCCUGUUAUCACGGCGGAGCUCCGGGAGUCUCCGAUAGAUAUGUCGCUGGGUUUCUGUGGCUGGACAAGCUUGGUAUUGCUGCCAGGAUGGGCUUGAAAGCAGUUCUCAGACAGGAUUUCUACGUUGACAACUAUCCACUGAUUGACACUGAUACCUUUGAUCCAUUGCCUGACUACUGGUUAACUGUCCUGUAUAAGAGACUGGUCGGAGGUUCCGUGCUUUCAGUGGAGGCAAGCGUGGACAACAGCACCAUCAGAGCCUACGCCCACUGCACAAAGCCAUCCAUUUCCUAUGGCUACGCGCCCGGAAGUGUGACGAUGUACUUCCUGCUGCCCACGGAUAACACUACCUCUAUUACGUUUCCACAAUUUCCCGACCAACCUGUAGAUGUGUUCUGGCUGACGCCAGUCGAUGGACUCACCAGCAAGACCGUGGCCUUGAACAACAACCCGAUAAAGCUUGUCAAUAAUACGCUGCCGGAGCUGAAACCUUACAGGACGGAAAGAAACACGGUUACCUUCCCCGGGAAGUCAUUCGGGUUCCUCGUCUUCCCUGAGGCUGGUGUGGCUGCCUGCAGUAGCCAGUGAUGAUGUUCAGAGAAUGAUUCAGAAGAAUCUGUACAAUCUGCACUUGCUAUGAAAAUAAAUCUGAAUAUUUA